GUGACUUUUCCAACCUCCCUACAUAUCUCUUUUCUUGCACCUGCCUUCAAUUGACACGGAAAUCCUUACUUGGCGGUGUGCUGGAGGGAGAAGCUCUACUUACUUCUUCGCGUUCAUUUGUAAGGAAUCUCAAACAGACAUGUCCACCAAGACGAAGCCCAGGAUCCCACCAGUGGUCAUGGAUUCGAUCACCCAGCAAAUCGGCAACACGCCCCUCGUACGCCUGAACAAGAUCCCUCAGUCUCUAGGCAUACAAUGUCCCGUGUACGCAAAGCUCGAAAUGUUCAAUGCCGGUGGCAGCGUCAAAGAUCGCAUCGCGCUGCGCAUGAUCGAGGAGGCGGAGCGCUCGGGACGCAUCAAGCCCGGCGACACGCUGAUCGAGCCGACAAGUGGAAACACGGGAAUUGGAUUAGCGUUGGUAGGGGCCGUAAAAGGGUACAAGACCAUAAUCACGUUGCCGGAGAAGAUGAGUCCCGAGAAGGUUGCCGUGCUGAGGGCGCUGGGAGCGGAGAUCAUUCGCACGCCCACCGCUGCGGCCUUUGACAGCCCCGAGAGCCAUAUUGGCGUUGCAAAGCGGUUACAGAAAGAACUUCCGAACGCGCACAUCUUGGACCAGUAUGGAAACCCGGACAACCCUCUGGCGCACGAGUACGGAACCGCAGAGGAGAUUUGGGAGCAGACGGAGGGCAAGGUAAAGAUGCUGGUCGCAGGAGCAGGCACGGGAGGCACCAUCACGGGCAUUGCGAGGGGCUUGAAGAAGCAUAACAAGGACGUCAAGAUUGUGGCUGCAGAUCCACAAGGGAGCAUCCUGGCUCUGCCUGCCCAGCUGAACGAGCAGUUCAAGAACCAGCCGUACAAAGUUGAGGGAAUAGGAUACGACUUCAUCCCAGACGUGCUGGACCAGAAGAUUGUCGACAAAUGGUACAAGACCGAAGACAGAGAGUCUUUCAUGUAUGCGCGGAGAUUGAUUGCCGAGGAGGGCUUGCUGGUUGGAGGCAGCAGCGGCAGCGCGAUGGCAGCGAUGGUGAAAGCAGUCAAAGAGAUGGACGUUAAGCCAGACGACGUCGUAGUCGUCGUGCUUCCGGACUCUAUUCGCAGCUACCUGAGCAAAUUUGUCGACGACGACUGGCUUGCCGCCAACGACCUCCUACCCCCGACCCCGCCUGUUACACCGGCAGAGCCGUCGUCUCCAACGUUGCGUGCCAAGGAUCCGUUCGCGGGUGCCACGAUUGCCUCGCUGCGGCUUAAGCCUGUGACGACAAUCAGCUCAGACCAAACCUGCGCAGAUGCGAUCGAGGUGCUGCGUGACAAGGGCUUCGACCAACUGCCCGUCUCCUCAUCCUCUCAGCCGAAUCGACUCGUCGGACUCGUCACCUUGGGCAACCUCCUCUCCUACAUUUCCAGCAACCGCGCCUCACCAGAAGACCCUGUCAAGAAGGUCAUGUUCGACUUCACGCAUCUAAGCGAGGUCACAACGGACCCGACGGACACAUCUUUAGUCUUGACGAAGGGGGCGGCGUCCCAGCAGCUGGGCGAGAGCGCAAAGAGACCCAAGCGCAAAGGCUUUGUAGAAAUCACGAAAGACACGCCUCUUAGCGCUCUAAGCAGGUUCUUCGAGUGGAAUAGCGCGGCGAUUGUGACGGAGAAGCAAGCAGACGGAUCAUUAAAGCCUGUGGCUGUAGUCACCAAAGUGGAUCUUUUGACGUGGAUGGUGAGGGCGAAAAAGAGCCACGCAAACGGAAGUUCUUGAGGGAUGGGUCGCGAAACUGCUUUUCCAGCUUUAAAGAGUAAUUUGCCCUCAACGGGCGGUCCUCCACGGGUGGUUUGAAUUUCAAGGUUGUGACGAGAUGAGUUAUGGCGCUGGCAUGUUCAACUCGCAAACAUAGAAAGCUUAUGAAUAGAGCAUAAGGCGCCUUGAGGUGGAUUCAACAUGAAUGCUAAGGCGUAGAUGGAAAGACCAUCCGUCAAGUACACCAAUGACUUUGACCACUGUGUGACGGCCAAGUUUUGAUUCACGAAUACCACUUCUUGCUACACUGGUUUGAAACCUGUUCUACACGCUCCCCG